AUGUUGAACAAUAUGGAUUUGAAUGCGAAAGAUUCUUUUUACCCUCAGUUUGAGAAUUGCAACAGUUCUUCCCUGGGAAUGGAAAACAGCGUGCGGAAAGAUAACCAGGAGGUGUACGUCGAUGCAGAGCGGGGGGUACCUGCCCAGUUUGGCCACGAAGGAACCCCUGCAACCCUCAAAACCGAAGCUUCCAACUCGGAAUUUGCUUUUAACCCCUGCGAGUGCCCAAAAGACACCUACACCCCCUCCUCGCUCGCCUACUCUGGCAGUUUCUAUGUUGAAGCAUCUCAGGGAGCGCCGUGCAGCACCGAAACACUCCUCAAUAUGAUCACUGAGAUCGUGGGUAUAUCUACACUGCCACUUUCAGAAGUGCAACAGAGCGGCAGCAGUCGGGGAACUUAUCCAUCGCCUGCGCCGAUGGACAGCAGCAAUGGCAAUUUUGGAGACCCCGGCAUCAAGAGGCAAUCCUACACCUGCUCCGGACCUACUCCUCCUGUAUAUUCUCCGGACCAGACGUGUCCGAGGUAUGCUGACGAUCAGGCCGGCAGCCAGGCCCAAGACCCGUCCACUUCCCAGCUCAGCUUCGGCUCCUCCCGAGCUCAAAACCAGAAGAAGGCUGAACCAAAGUCGGAGGCGGCUUCUUUCCCUGUUGUGGUCAAGAAUGAGUUUGAAAGCAGCUGCUACGAGUGGGGAUCAUUUAAUAAGUCUGACUGUUUGGAGACGAGUUUCCAGACAGAAACCUUCCCGAUGUCAAGCGAUUUCCCCCCUGAUCAACAAAUGGAUGUAAAGGAACUUUUAGACACGUUCCCCCCAAUUUGUCCCAACCCAGAGAUGGAGUUUAAAGUGGAGGGAGGAAUCAAGCAGGAACCGUGUUUCUCUGACACCUGUUCUCAGAGCUACUCCAGUCCUCUGUACAAUAAUUACCUCCCACCACCGCCGAUGGGCCUCUCCUCUAACCUAAAACCCUUCCCCGAACCACCACAGUCAUCUAAUCAGUGCGAUUCCUUAUACACAUCACCAGCUUUACCGAGCACCAUAGACUCCAUCCUGUACUCUUCCUUGUUGCCAGAUUCUUUUGCUCAAAGUUACACGACCCGUGCGACGAAGCCCCCCAGGGCCAGAAAGAGCCCCGCCGCCUCUCACGGCCCAGCCAAAGAGAAACCCUUCACCUGCCCCAUGGAAAGCUGCGACCGGCGCUUCUCUCGCUCGGACGAGCUCAACCGGCACAUCCGCAUCCACACGGGCCACAAACCUUUCCAGUGCCGCAUCUGUUUGCGCAGUUUCAGCCGUAGCGAUCACCUUACCACCCACACCAGGACUCACACCGGGGAGAAGCCGUUUUCCUGCGACGUGUGCGGCAAACGGUUUGCCCGGAGCGACGAGAGGAAACGGCACGGACGCGUACACCUGAAACAGAAGGAGAAAAUGGAAAUAAAGCCACAGGUGAACGCCGGUGCAUGGCCAUUCACUCUUCCUGAGGGAAUUUGAAGACAAGGCCAUGUGUCCACAUAUACAAUAUUAGGAUCUUUCCGUCUUGGAAGAUAAGCCAGCUGACUACAACUUGAUGCCUGA